AUGUUUAAUAUAAAGAUAAAGGCAUACACCCGUCUACUUGUUUUCUUGUUUCUUUUCUCGUUGUCGUUCCGGCUUUCAGUGUGUUCUGAAACCAAGAAAACUAUUUCGGAUGGUCAACUAUUUCAACAGUGUGCUGACUCCCUUUCUAAUACUGAAAAUAUUCAAUUCCUAGAUUCGUCUCUUGAGACCUUACGAGAUCUUUCUCAUGAUUAUUCUUUUGGUCAAGAGGUGGUAAAGUCGGAUAUAAAAGAUCAUUUAAUAAACUUCAUGAAUAAUUUAAGCUAUCCAGAAGCAACACGAUCUUUGGCUUCUAGUGUCUUCGCUUCUGCCUUCGCUAAUAACCCUGCUGUUCAUGAAUUAGCUGUCAAAGACAAUCUCAUGCCUUUGUUUAUACAAUCUUUAAAGCAUGAACCAUCUAUUUCUGUUAUAACGAAAAAACUUUAUUUGCUUAGUAAAGCUGUAGCUUCUACAUGGUCAGCGCAAUCAUUUGUCCAGUGUUCCGGUAUGGAUAUCGUUUCCGAUUUAUAUUCAAAAUGGCUUGAAAUACCAAAUAGCAAUAUACCAUUUCACAAAUAUGAACAGCUUCUUGGUAGAAUCGCUAUUCUCUUAGAGUCAUUACAUCUUCACCUUUCAAAAUACUCGAAAGUUACCGAUGGUUUAGUUUCAGAUUGGUGUUAUUUACUACAGUCACAAGUUCAGUCAAACUGGUCAUCCUACUCCCCAACAACUUUAGAGCUUCUUUUACAUACAAUCGUGUCUAUGCAAGUCGAAUGGGAGGUAUGCCCUAGCACAGUAUUCUAUGAAUGGCUUAAUGAUGAUCCAAUUGCAAAACAUCAUAUAAUACGACAAGAUCCUGGCUUUAGAGAAGAUUUCUUUGAUAUGAUUAACGAAGCUUUGUCCCUUCCUUGGCCAAAAAAGUAUUAUAUUUGA